CGGCAGGGGAAGGGGAAGGCAAGAGAGGGUGGGGAGAAAGGGCGCCAUACUAGCCCCAUCACGCUGCCGAUAAUCAUUUGUCCACACUGAGACCCCUCCAUGGCCGAAGUCCUAGAAAAGCAACGCGGAAUCCCUUGGAGGCUGAGAAGAGGCUCUUCGUUUCAGGGCACCAAUUCGACUUUCUCUACCGGCAAAAAUAAAAACUGUUUAUAUCUGCUUCUCUGCCCUCUUGUUGACCAUGGAUUCGUCCUUCCGUUCCAGCAUCCACCUUCACCAGACUUCCGCCGCCGACGCUUUGGAACAUGCGCUUGACCGAACAGCCGCAGAGUACCAGUUGCAUACACUGAACCUGCCGUCCUCGCCGCAAUCCUUGGACAUGCACGAGUCUAGACACCAGGCCCGAAGCUUUCAACUGUCCCAUCCCUCCGUCCUCACGCCGCUGCACAGCUCGUUCGGAUCUCGAAGCCCGUCCCCCUCGGCCUGGCAGCUCUGCUCGCACAACACUCCCGUCCGGCCAUCUUCGCCAAUCUCUCUGGACGGCCUGGAACCGUCUUCCUGCGAUUACCAGCGGCACGCCGAGUACCAGCGAUAUACAUCGCCGCUAUUGUCGGACGACUUCUCUACUUCCGAAGACCAGCUAUACCCCGCGCUCAUGGCUUCCAACGGUCUAGGGACGCCGCCGGGCUCGAUAAACGGGAGCACUACGGAAUUGGAUCGCCAGCCCCAACUCUACAUGCAACACUCUACUCCCAUGCCUGGCGACUACCUGACGCCGGUGGCCCACGGCCAUCCCUACGGAGACCCGACCUACGGCCGUGAAGCUCCCAGGGAGAUCCAUCACUCCAGAAGCGGUCAUUCGUCCUCCGCCCCAUACGUAUAUUCGUCCUACGGGAUGGAUCCGCGGUCGCCGCAGCCCUAUCAGCCCAACGAUCUGCCUCCGCUGCCUUGGUCCACGACCGUUCCAAGGAAUCUCCCGCCGCCACCCGCGGUAGUUGGGCAGUACGUCGGGCAAUCGCAGCAGUGGGGCGAACGAAGUCCCAUCUCAUACCAUGACGACUUGCAGGAGAGCAGUUACCGGUGCGCCAGUGCGCGCUGCCGGUUUACGGCGAGCUCCCCGGAGCAAUUGACUAAACACCAGCAAAAGCACCUAAAGAUCCACCACUGCCGGUUCGCGUCCUGCUCUCGAACCGAAGGCUUCGCGACGCCCAACGACCGCGAGCGCCACGAAAAGUCCAUCCACAAGAUCCCCGGCUGCUACUGGAAGUGCCUCGACAACCACUGCAGCAGCUACGGCAAAGAGUUUAGCCGCCGCGAUAAUCUGAAGGAUCACCUGCGCCGCAUGCACCCCGUCCCUGAGGGCAUGAGCGAGAAUGAGGCCAGCGCCCUGCGCAGCAGGAUGGCGGACAUGUGGCGGUUUGACAAGGGAAGCGAUGCGCAGGUCAUGGCGGUGGAGAGAAGAUAGCAGCAACACCGUAGUCAGUCCACUAACGAUGCGGGAGUGAUGUGUACGAUUUUUUUAUUUUUUUUUGUUGGUUCGGGCAUAUGGAAGGAGUUCAUCUGUAAAGGGUUUUGGGGUUUUAUUUGGUUCAUCCUCUGUUUUUCUCGACUUUUGUUUUCCUGGUGUAUCUGGGCUCCGGUAUUGGUUUGGUAUCUGGUUUUUUCGGGAAAGAGUUUCUUGGGUUUUGGAUGAUUCGCACAGGGCAGAACAGUUCGAGCAGGACAGGGCAGAUCUGAUGGGGAUGGAGGUUCUGUAUGUAACGUUUUUGACCGUCAAUUGUUUUUGGGGGGUCUAUCUCUAGUUUUUUUGUUUCCUAUUCCAACGAAGAAUACGUUGACUUCACGGAUGAGAUUGAUCGUUCAGUUCAGUUCGGUGAUUGGGUAACAAGCAACCAAGGUAUCCACUGCUAUGUGCCCG